AGUCAGCGGAGAGUGUCUUCAACUUAGCAACUGGGACGUCUGGCUUCACGUCAUCACUAUUUAACGCCAGUUAUGUUUCGUAAGCUGAAAUACUGCGUCACAGUUUUAAUUUCAAAAAUAACCAGAUGUAAUCCGAAGCUUUUAACUGUUGGAAUUAUUUUGGCUGUCGCGAUACCCACUUUGGUCUUUGGUGUUUUUCUCAGCUUCCCUCGAACUCCGCUUCCCAGGCGGUUUAGACCUAGUAGCGAUUGUAAAGUUUGGAAAGAAUCUCCAAAGCACAAAACGACUUUGAUAACAAAGACCUCAUGUGCAAGGAACUAUUUUCUUCUCAUCCUAGUCUCAUCUGCACCUGCAAAUCAAGCUAGAAGAAAUCAUAUUCGUCAAACCUGGGGCAUUGACAGCAACGUGCUACCGGUAUGGAAGACGUACUUUCUUAUAGCGCAAACAGAGAAUCAAACACAUUCCGAUUUGGUCAAUAAAGAGGAAGAAGUCUACGGUGACUUAAUUCGCGCGGACUAUUACGAGCAUUACUGGAAACAGAGUUUUAAGAUUAUGAUGGCCUUCGAGUGGGCAUCACGAUAUUGCAAUUUCUCAUACCUACUAAAGGCAGAUGAUGACAUUUUGGUCAAUAUCGAAGACUUCAUUCAAUUUUUGCAGAAGAAAUCAACUCCAAAAAAAGAACUUUUCCUUGGAUAUCUUCAUCAUAACCCUAUUGUACUUCGAAGGGGAAAAUGGAACGUUAGUUACGAGGAGUACAACCAUACUCACUAUCCAGAUUUCUGUAGUGGGGCUGGCUUUGUUAUGACUUAUGACGUUAUCGAGUGCAUUGUUCCCUUGUUUGACGCGAUUGAGCCAUAUAGGAUGGACGAUGUUUAUGUUGGAAUGCUUGCUAAUGCAUCUGGUGUGAUAGCAGUGCAUCAUUCAGGGUUCUUUAUGCCAGUAGAUGAUUAUGACGACUGCAUUUUUAAACCAAAAGUUCUUCUGCAGCACAGAGCGACUGGACAGUGUUUAACUAAAUUAAUACGUAUUCAUAGCAAGGACUUUUUGUAUGGCACAAAUUUGGGUUCAUAUUUUUGACGCUUUGUUGACUUUUUUACUAAAUAAUCAUUUUAUUUGUAAAGGGGCUUCCACAUUUCGUACCAUUUAUGAAAACAGUUAUGAGUUAAAGCCAAAAACUGAUUUAACGCUGGUGAACACUAGAAAGAUAAUUUAAUUUUCAUUCAACAAUUCUAUAGUCAUUUCAGUGAUAGGCCAUCCCGUCAGAUACUGUUGUUCUCUUUUGUUUCAAAUACGAAUGGCACCACAUUGAUCGGAAUUCAUUGUAAGAUAAGCUUUUAAAUGAGAACUUAAACCCAUCAUGAGCGACGUUUGCAAAAUCUCUUCCGCUCGGAAUUUCCUUCUUUGUUACUUCCUGUAGAAAUUUAAUUCCUUGAAGGCGGCUUGAAUUGGUGGGAUCUUCCGGCUGGAAUACUUUUAUUUUUGAAAACCAAAGUGAUUGCAGGCAGGUUUUGCAGAAAUGAAGUUGUAGAACACUGCAUUUGUAUAUCUUUAAGAUAGCUAUAACAAAGAAGACCAAUCUUCCUUCGACAGUUUCCUUUGUAACAAACCAGAAUCCAUUUAGUCUUACGUCGUUUGGCCACAAGAUAAACUCCUCGCGAACCAAGCUCUCUCAAUCACAAUGACUACGCUUGUGGCUUGUGUUAGACUUUUAUUUUAGCUGUUACUAUCUGUCACUAUCCAUGAUAUAAAAUCUUGUACAAUUUCGAACUGAUUGUGCCCAGCUCCCAGAGUUCCACUCGGCGUAAAUGAAUUGUUUUCGCAAAUUUUUUCAAAAUCACGUGGCGAAAUAUACUAAGCUGAGGAAGCACAUCGCCCAUGAUGCUUGUUUUCUGAUCAAAACCUCUAAGCUGUUUCUUUAGAAGCAGCGAAAGUUAAGAAAGGAAACGGAAAGACAGGACUUUUUAUGCAAAAGCUCGUUGAGAGGUAGCCUUAUAGUUAAACAAAGAGAACCUUAAGAGAAGCUAAACCUCUUUCUUCAUCGGGGAUCUCAGUAUAUCUUUAUCAUUGUGACGAGAAGAAAAAGAAUUCUGAUCGUCUUUGAACGUUUAUCAUAAAUUACUACUUAUCAAUAUCUAUUGAGGUUGCAGCCAAUAAACGCGAACUCAAUCA